AUGGAUAUCAUUGGUAUAGUUACACGUUUGCCAUCACUUGUCUUUGGCGCAUCACGUUGUGAUGACAGUUUCGCCGAUCGUCUCUCCUAUAAAUACACUGUUUUAAUGCUUGUUCUUUUCGCUAUUAUUGUCACUAAUAAACAGUUUGGAACUAAACAUAUUCAAUGUUGGGUACCAGCUCAGUUUACGAAAAACUAUGAGGAAUAUGUGAAUGAUAUAUGUUGGGUAUCGAAUACAUAUUACAUCCCACUUGACCAGAAAGUUCCAAAGAUCGAACGAGAUCGUCGUCAAAAUGAACUACGUUACUAUCAAUGGAUUCCAUUUAUUUUACUUCUCCAAGCAUUUUGUUUCUAUUUCCCACAUAUCGUCUGGCGAUCACUAUCACGGCGUAGUGGAAUCGAUGUACGCGAUAUUGUCGAUGCUGCGAUCAACUACAAAUCAGUUGAUACAGCAACAAAAGAUGAUAAGCAUAAGAAUGAAUUAAUGGAUUAUAUUGUUGAAGCAAUUGAUAAAUAUGUGGACGAUCCGAGAAGACAGGCCGACGAACGUGGAGCUCGUAUCAGCAUAAAGCGCAUUUUAAUGACCAUAUGUAUAUUUAUGGGUAAAUACUUGGGUAAUUAUCUGAUUAUUGUAUAUUUUACAACAAAAGCACUUUUUAUUACGAAUGCGGUUUGUCAAAUAUUUCUAUUGAAUUUAUUUCUGGGACAAGAAUUUCAUUUAUUUGGCAUCCAAGUGUUAACGAGAAUUAUCGAAGGGCGAGGUUGGGAUACACAAUCUCCGUACUUUCCUAAAGUAACUCUAUGCGAUUUUCAAAUUCGAGAAGCGUUACACCCACGCGAUUCGCACCGUUACACAGUACAAUGUGUUCUUCCAUUGAAUCUAUUUUCACAACAAAUCUUUACUUUUAUCUGGUUUUGGUAUAUGAUGGUUUUCAUAGUUUCAAUAUUCGAUGUCGUUGUAUGGGUUACUCGCUUUUUUCCCGAUAAACAGUAUAACUAUAUAAAACGACGCUUACAAUUAAUGAAACGUGACACCGACUUCAAUUCUCAACCGCCGGAAUAUGUCAAAGAUUGGUACAGAGAAUUCAUAUUCGGUUAUCUUGAACCAGAUGGAAUCUUCAUGCUACGUCUACUCUCAUCAAACACAAGUGAUUUUGUUUGUACAGAGGUUAUCAAUCAUCUAUGGCAAGCAUUCUAUUCAAAAGAUCCUAAGCAGUUGAAACGUCGGCUAAAACGUGAAUUAGGUGGCGAUCUAACGACAAAUGAAGUCAAACGUCAAGUAUCUGAUCCUGUUGAUUUAUCACAAACAUACGAAUCCAUUCGACGUCGUAGUACAAACUUUCCACUCCCGCAACAAUCCCCAACAGAGAAAAACAAUAACGGUUAUGGGCAAUUGAUGCCAACAACGACAAGUCGUCGAUAUUCAUCUUCUACUGCAAAACAAGCUUCUCUCUCAACUCUAGUCGAAGGUGAUGUUUAA